AUGGAGAAUCAGUCGGAAACAGAGAGUUCACAGAUCUUGGGCGAUUGGGAUGUUCCCACUGCAUCUGAAUCUGAUGAUGCCAGAUCGAAUCCAUCCAGAGAGGUAGAGAAAGAGACUGAAAUCAGAGCCUCAGCUUCAAACAAGGGAAGAAAUUCGAAGGGGAGAGUAUUGCCACCGUGGAUGGAUCCGGCAUACGAAUGGGGUGGUGGGAAAUGGAAAGAAGACGGAAGAAAAAGGAAGAAGAUAGAGAAGGAGAAAGAGAAAGAGAAGGAGAAGGAGAAAGAGAGUGAUGAGCCGAUUCCUUUCAAGGAAAUUUUUGAAGCCCUACUUCGAAACUCUGGUGAGAAAGUGGAAGGAGAUGAAGAAAAGGGGAAACCUCAGAGCUGUGUUGGCAUGUUGAAAGCAAUGGGGUUCAAGUUUCCUUAA